AUGUAUGGUGAAUUCGGCAAUAAACUGGUCCAACAUGCCAAACGCACCCAAUCGCUAGUUCACCUCCCUCCGUAUCAGACCGAUUUGGUCCGAGCUGUUGCACGCGAAGUACGGGACUUGGAUCGCGACAUCGCCCACCUUCUCGCUCCCUUUGAAGGAAAUUUCAACCCGUCCUCCCAACCGGACAUUGCGUGUGCUCUCUUGGUUGACCAUCUCUGCACGCGUCGCAACAAACGGUGCCUCCUUGCCUACCAUCGCGUGCGCACCGAGAAACUUGAGGAGCUCUGCUGGACCGGGAUCGACGUACUAGAGCAACAACAGCCAGCAGAGGAGAGUGGUCAGGGGCAGGGACCAACCGGACCGAUGAGCACCCAGCUCACGAACCACAGCUCUUUGAGUCCGGAGGAAGAGGAAUAUUUCCGACAGUACAGUGAUAUGCUGGCAGCAUAUAAAGGACAGUGGACGGAGAUCGAUCUUACAGGAAGUUUAGAGCCUCCGAAGGACUUGUUUAUUGACGUGAGAGUGUUGAAAGACGCAGGGGAGAUUCAGACGGAAUAUGGGGUGAUCAAUUUGACGAAAAAUAGUCAACUAUACGUGCGGCAGGGCGAUGUGGAGCGAUUAAUCGCGCAGGGAUUUUUGGAACGACUGAAUUGA